AUGACUACCCGAAGGGAUAAUUAUUUCAUAGAUACCUCGGCCGCAACUGAGGACGCCGGAGGGGAAGAUUCUAUGGUAAUAUCGAGGGCUGCUAGCCCAGAUCCCCUACUUACGGGAGGACCCUCUACACAAACUAGGCAAUCGAGUAAACGCUCUGCUCAAGCCCAGUUCGUGAGGAAUAUGCAGGAGUUUUUGGAUACCCAUGAGGCACAAAUGAGGUAUCUUGGUGCAGCUGUACAGGCCGUUUGGCAGCAGCUACAAAACCUCCAGGAACAAGUGCAAGGGAGUGGGCAAAUCCUGGACAAGAAAGUACGGCAAGAAGCCAUUGCCCAAAAACAACAUCUCGAAUCGCUCUUUGAGCUUGUCGCCAAUAUCGAAACAAAUACAUGA